AUGUCGCGCAGGAAACAAGCAAAGCCUCAACAUGUACAGUCGGAUCAUAAUUUGGCUUUAUCGGAACGCAUUGGGGCCACCUAUGACAGUUUAGCGACUCCCCCCAUUUUGGUCUCUUGUACUCAUGUCUGCAGCAGAUGCUGUGCUGCGUUUGUUGAACUAUCAGAUCUGGAACUACAUGUCAGGGAUUGCUCUCCCAAUCAUUUAGUCCUGAUCGUCAAUGAUAAUGAAGAUCCAGUGUCGUCUGCUGAAAUAUUCCAUCUAGCCUUGUCGCCUCGUAAAGCAGUGGAACCAGGCGAAACAGUCAACAACUCUGAAAUGGAGGAGUGCGGCGAUCUGUCGGAGGAGAAGUCAGAAGUGAAGGAAGAAUCCAUGAAUGUUUCAAGAACUAACAAUAGCCAUUUCCGGCUAGAUAGCCCCAGUAGCAUCAGUAGCAGCCGGAAAAGCAGUACUGACAGCAAGACUGACAUUGUUUCAUGUACCUCAGUUCUCCCAAUUUCACUACCUCAACCUGGCAGCGAUCUGUUGGAACAUCAGGGGACAUUCUCAUGGUUCAACAGCAAUGUCAUCAUUGAAAACCUAGAAAGCACUAAAGUGGCAGUGGCCCAGUUUCCCCAGCAGAGCCGAUCAGACAACGGCAGCAGUGGCAGCGGUAAGAUGGCUGUCUCUUCUCUGAUGGAACAACUCCUGGCCUUGCAGCUGCAUCAGAUUCACCAGCUGCAGCUGAUUGAUCAGAUUCGUCACCAGGUCUUACUAUUUGCUUCCCAGAGGUCUGAGGUAUCAGAGACACUGACACAAACACCCAUCAGCUGCCCUCAGGUUAGUCUAGCAUCAACGCAGGCCAGCCAGUUGACAACCCUCAGUUCCCAUCUCUCCCAGCAGCUAGCUGCAGCUGCUGGGUUAGCCCAGAGUCUCGCCAGCCAGUCUGCCAGCAUCGGACACUUUAAGCGAUUAACAGCAAAAGUACAAUUACCACAGAGCCCCUUUGGAAGGAGUAUUGUACACUCUAGCACUGAACCCUUGCAAAGUAUACGUAAACACAUAGCUUCAGCAGUUAGCAAGCCCCACUCUAGAAAGAAGUACACUCAUGCUAGCGGUCUGUACCCUCAACUCAAUUUUUCAGCCCAAACCAUAAGUAACUCACCGGCACUUGGCACAGGUAGCUUGUUAAACCGAUCAAAUACACCACAUCUACCUCAGCCACCACCCAGCAAUCAAAUACUCUCUAGCGCUGGACCAAGCAUUGGCACAAUUGUGCAGGACCUGAAUCCCUUAAAGGCGCUGGCCGGACAAAGGAAAGGAAAACCAUCCAAUGUGACUUCUUUCGAACCCAAAAGCUCUUCCAAAGAGGCCUUCUUUAAACAUGAAUGCAGGUUUUGCACUAAGGUUUUUGGGAGUGACAGUGCCUUACAGAUCCAUUUGCGAUCCCACACUGGGGAGAGGCCAUACAAGUGCAACAUCUGCGGGAAUCGUUUCUCCACCCGUGGGAACUUGAAGGUACACUUCCAGCGGCACAAAGAGAGGUUCCCCCAUACCCAAAUGAACCCUUACCCUGUUCCAGAACACCUGGACAACAUCCCAACCAGCACAGGAAUCCCUUAUGGCAUGUCUAUACCACCAGAAAAAAAAGUUACAUGCUGGCAGGAUACUAAACCAUCCCUAGCCACCUUGACUACUUCUGUAGGCCUGUUGCUCCAAACUGGAUCACCCAACUUACCCUUUCUCAUCAAGAAAGAGGAGCAGCCUGUUUCAAUAACUGCAUAUUCCAGUCCAGUUGUACGUGAUUCAUCGAGUGCAGUGAAGAGCGUAGACUUGAUAGAGGCUGGAAAAGUCCCAAAGUUCCACACCAUGAAUCUGAAAACAGACAACGUUAUACCUCCCUUGACCUUUAGCUCGAAGAUGAGCUCCACAACAGAAAGAUCAGCUGACUAUGUAUCUGUCAAUGUCACUUCCAUCAGCACAAAUCCCAUCAAGUUGGAGCAGUUCAAGACCAAACAUCCCUUCAGAGGAGGAGUCCUUGAUCCCAUGCAGACAUCAGAGACCUUGAAACUCCAGCAGCUGGUUGAGAACAUUGACAAGAAGGUGACAGACCCCAAUGAGUGUGUCAUUUGCAACCGCAAACUCAGUUGUCAGAGCGCCCUCAAGAUGCACUACCGCACCCACACAGGAGAGCGGCCCUUCAGAUGUAAAGUGUGCGGACGGGCGUUCUCCACCAAAGGGAACCUGAAGACGCACCAUGCGGUUCAUCGCACCACACCGCCACUGAGGGUCCACCAUUCCUGCCCUAUCUGCCAGAGGAAGUUCACUAACGCUGUUGUCCUUCAGCAGCACAUCCGUAUGCAUAUGGGUUGCCAGAUUCCCAACACCCCUCUCUCUGAACAGAACUACCCAAUGUCAAUGGAGUCUGAUGGAGGUUCAAUAGAUGAGACGAAAUUAGAAAAGUUGGAGAACCCUUCUGAUGAUUUAGACUUCAAUGACAGUGAGAUCGCAGGCAUGUCUAGGUUUAAUAACUCCUCGUCCAGCAGCAUGUCUUCCUCUCCAUCUGAUAGUACAGGAGCAGGCUCCUCUGAUCCCGAAAGGACAACUAACUAUCAUAAGCCAGUGGAGGAGAAGCAGGUCAACUGGUUUAAGACGAAGGUCUAUGACUCGUCAUCUCUUGGAGGUGAUCGAAGUGGUGGGAGCCUUGCUGUUUCUGAGAAUACCGUUGACAAGCAGUCUCUUUCCCAAAGCAAGGGUGUUCCAGUAUGUUCUAGCCCCACAAGCUUUGAGGAAAUGUACCAGAAAGCUUUAUCCCAGGCACAUAUCAAUCCAAACCUUUUGCAGUUCACUGGCACUGGUCCACUGGUGUCCCUUGACCAUCUAAACUCUUUAAACCCACUGAAGGAUCCCACUAACAUGGUCUACACUUUCCGUGAACAACUAGGCAUAUUCAAGAACACUGAAUGUGAUAUUUGUGGUAAGACCUUUGCCUGCCAAAGUGCCUUGGACAUCCAUUAUCGAAGCCAUACCAGGGAGAGACCAUUUAUUUGUACAGCUUGCAACAGAGGGUUUUCCACCAAGGGGAACCUCAAGCAGCACAUGCUAACACAUCAGAUGAGGGACCUGCCAUCCAAGUUGUUUGAGCCCACCACUCCCAGCAUUGCCUCAUGCCCCGACAACUCUCUACAUCCUCUGAGCACCCAAAUGAUCAAGAAAGAAGUGAACAGAUUCCUGGGUAGUGCCCGCUAUGGGGUACCAAGGGAUCUUCUAGGCAGUUUGCAUUUGAGGACGUCCUCUGCCUCUUCCUCCCCAGCGCUUGCCUCCCCGCCACCUCGACGGACUCCCAAGCAGCAUUACUGCCACACUUGUGGGAAAACCUUCUCUUCUUCUAGUGCCCUGCAAAUCCACGAGAGGACUCACACUGGGGAGAAGCCGUUUGCCUGCACUGUCUGUGGUCGGGCAUUCACCACCAAAGGAAAUCUGAAGGUCCAUAUGGGAACUCACAUGUGGUGUAGCACCCCCACCAGGCGAGGACGCAGACUGUCUGUGGACGGACCAUUGAUGUUUAUGGGAACUCAUCAUGUGAAGCUACCAGAGCCUCCCCAGAGGCCAGACAUUAGGUCCAGUAAUGGAGACUCCUUUUUUAUCUGGAACCACUGUACAACAAACUCCUUCUCUAAGAACUUGGCCAUGAGGACCAGUGAUAUCUCAGUCGUAGGUGGGCCUCACCUCUCUGGACCAAUGGGGCAUGGGGCCAGCUCACCCAUAGGGGGCGUAAAUGUUGGUCAGGACAAAUUUCACCAUACAGAACACAAUGCUGCUCUUGCUCUGCCUGGUAAAGAUGAUACCAAAAGAGCGACUCACUUCUGUUUCACUCGUUUGAUAGAAGAGAGGAAGGAAAUGAUUACAAAUUAAAGAGUCUGAAUAUUAUCUUAGGAGGAAAUUAACUGCGAUGUUGGAAUAAACAGAGUUCUUUGGAGUUUGUAUAUAAAUGAUAAUAACCUUAUUUGGAGUCAAGUGGCUAGGAAAGUCUCUCUGAUUUUCAGUGUGCUUAUUAGAGUUGGACUCAAUUUUUAUUACCUAUUCACAUGGGUAGAGUAGCCUACUGGUUGUGUACAGUAGCCUACUGGUUGUGUACAAAUGGGACUCCCUACAGCUUUCUCAGUUUAUUACCAAUCCCACAAGGUAUGACUCCAAACACCCAGAAAAGGCUACUCUCCUUGAUGUUAUCUUGACAAAUAAUCAUGAUAGGUAUCAGUUUGGUGUUUUCUGUAAUGACCUUAGUGGUCACUGUUUUACAGCCUGUGUUCGUAAUGGCUGCUCAGUGAAACGACCUGUCCUAAUUUGUCAUAGACGCUUGCUAAAAAACUUCCAGCAUGACCUGUCCUGGUACAGAAUCAGCUUGAUCCCCUCUAUCGAAAACGAUUGGACCUUAUUUUUUUAUAUUUUCAGUGAUAUUGUUAACAAACAUGCCUCUAUACAGAAAAUGAUAAUUAAAAACAGGUUCAGCCCCUGGUUCGACCUUGAUCUUGCAGAGUUACUUCACCUCAAGGCUUGGCACAUGCAUACACAGGCUGACUGGCUCUCUUUCAGGCAAAUGAGAAAUAAGUGCACUCAGGCCUUCCGGAAGGACAAAGUUAGUUACUUUAAGCAGCAGUUCUCUCUCUGUGGAUCUAACCUCAAGAAGUUCUGGAAAACCUGGAGACCUGGAGAAUAAACCCUCCUCCUUACAGCUGCCAAUGUCUCUUAAAGUUGAAGAUGUGGUUGUUACUGACAAGAAGCACAUGGCUGAGCUUUUUAAUCACCACUUCAUUAAGUCAGGAUUCAUAUUUGACUUAGUCAUGCCUCCUUGCCCUUUUCCUCAUCUCCCACCCCUUCUAAUGUGACUAGCCCCGAUGCUCCUCCCUCUUUUUCGCUCCCGCCCCGCGACAAAGCUUCUGCCUGCAGGCGGUCACUGAGUCCAAGGUGCUAAAGGAGCUCCUUAAAUUUGACCCCCAAAAACAUCUGGGUGUAGAUUGUUUAGACCCUUUCUUCUUUAAGGUUGCUGCACCUAUAAUCGCCAAGCCUAUCUCUGACCUUUUUAACCUGCCUCUCCUCUCUGUGGAGGUUCCUAUUGCUUGGAAGGCAGCUACGAUUCGUCUUUUAUUUAGAGGGGAGAUCAAGCUGAUCCUAACUGUUAUAAGCCUAUUUCUAUUUUGCCCUGUGUAUCAAAAGUGUUGGAAAAACUUGGCAAUAAUCAACUGACUAGUAUACAAUCAGGUUUCCGCUCAGGUUAUGGAUGUGUCACUGCAACCUUAAAGAUCUUCAAUGAUGUCACCAUUGCCCUUGAUUCUAAGCAAUGUUGUGCUGCUAUUGACUUGGCCAAAGCUUUUGAUACGGUAGACCAUUCAAUUCUUGUGGGCCGGCUAAGGAGUAUUGGUGUCUCUGAGGGUUCUUUAGCCUGGUUUGCUAACUACCUCUCUCAAAGAAUGCAGUGUAUAAAGUCAGAACAUCUGCUGUCUCAGCCACUGCCUGUCACCAAGGGUGUACCCCAAGGCUUGAUCCUAGGCCCCACGCUCUUCUCAAUUUACAUCAACAACAUAGCUCAGGCAGUAGGAAGCUCUCUCAUCCAUUUAUAUGCAGAUGAUAGAGUAUUAUACUCAGCUGGCCCCUCCCCGUAUUUUG